AUUUCUUUAAAAGGCGGUCUGGGACUGUUGUUCCUCACAUCACACUGGCCAUGAGAGCAGUAGUACUUGCACUGACUCUAGCCCUUGUGGCGAGUCAAUCUGUUAACUUUGCCCCUGAUUUUGCUGCCAGUAAGACCUAUGUGUACAAGUAUGAGGCACUGCUCCUGGGUGGUCUGCCUGAGGAGGGUCUGGCUAGAGCUGGAGUAAAAGUAGUCAGCAAAGUUCUUAUCAGUGCAGUUGCAGAGAAUACCUACUUGCUGAAGCUUGUGAACCCUGAGAUCUUUGAGUACAGUGGUGUGUGGCCCAAAGAUCCUUUCGUCCCAGCUGCAAAACUCACUUCAGUCCUGGCUGCUCAGUUCUCGAUUCCCAUCAAGUUUGAGUAUGCCAAGGGUGUUGUGGGUAAGGUAUUUGCCCCCACUGCUGUCUCUGAAACAGUGCUGAAUGUCCAUAGAGGUAUCCUGAACAUUCUUCAGCUCAACAUCAAGAAGACACAAAACGUCUAUGAGUUGCAGGAGUCUGGAGUUCAGGGAGUGUGCAAGACCCACUAUGUGAUCAGUGAAGAUGCCAAGGCACAGCGCAUCCAUUUGACCAAGAGCAAGGAUCUCAAUAACUGCCAGGAGAGAAUCAGGAAGGACUUUGGUCUGGCUUACACAGAGAAGUGU